AUGGGAAGCCUUGACAACAAGCCUCAGAAGGCGGCCCCCAUGCACAUUGGGGAGCACUUUACGCCUACUAUCCAUCAUGACACUUACCCCGCCAUUGAUGUGUCCCACAGUAAGGGCAUGGUAGGCAAGCACGUCUUCUUGACUGGGGCCUCACGGGGUAUUGGCAAGUCGAUGGCCAUGGCCUACGCCAGGGCUGGGGCAUCGAUUAUCGGCAUCUCAGCACGCUCGGAUAUGGACGAGGUCAAGAAGGAGAUUGAGGACGCGGCCGCGUCGGUCGGCCGCGAGGUGCCCAAGGUGGUGACGGCCAAGAUGGACGUGCUGGACCCGGAGAGCGUGCAGCGGGCCGUCGACAAGAUGACCCCAGAGUUUGAGGGCCGGCUCGACAUCGUCAUCAGCAACGCGGGCUACAUGGAGCCCUGGGUCAACAUGAUCGAGGCCGACGUCGACGAGUGGUGGCGGUCCUGGGACAUCAACAUCCGGGGCCACUUUCUGACCUGGAAGGCCGUGCUGCCGCUGCUGCUGGCAGACGAGUCGAGCCUCAAGACCGUGGUCAACAUGUCGAGCAUUGGCGCACAGAUGUGCAUGCCGGGCGCGAGCGCGUACCAGACGACCAAAUUCGCGCUGCUCCGCCUCAGCGACUUUCUCAACGUCGAGUACGGCUCCCAGGGCGUGAUCGCGUACUGCAUGCACCCGGGCGCCGUGCCCACGGAGCUGUCGUGGAAGAUGCCCGACGUCGUCAAGGUCAAUCUGAUCGACACGCCCGAGCUCAUGGCGGACACGAUCGUGUAUCUGACACAGAAGAGGCGCGAGUGGCUCAGGGGCCGGUACCUGUCGUGCAACUGGGACAUGCCCGAGCUGUUUGCCAUGCAGGACGAGAUUGUGGCCAAGGACAAGCUGAAGAUGAGGAUGGUGGUUUAG